AUGCAAUAUGUGAUGAUUUUACUGCCACAGAUGAUAAUACUUGCAAUACAUUACUAGAAAAUUGUGUUACCAAUGGUACAAAAUGUGUUGAUGGUACUAAUUGUGCUGCUUAAUUUAAGGGAACAUAAUAAACAUGUUUAGACUUUAAAGCCAAAUGCACAAAUGAUGCUAGUGCAACUGAUACCAUUGCUUGUAGAACAAGAACUUGUGAUGAUUCAUUCAAUUAUACUAGUGAUUAAGAAUGUGCUAAUUAUUAAACAGGUUGUGUGACAAAGGGAACUGGUUGUAUUAUUGAAACUGCUCUAUGUUCAAGUUAUACUGGUACUCCAAAACAAUGUGAUAAAUUUAAAGGAAACAAGACUACAAGGUGUUGGAAUACCAGUGCUUUUGGUGUUUCUGGUGCUUGUGUUGAUAAAUAAUGUAUAUAAGCUACUAGCACAGCAGAUGACUCAGCUUGUGAAGCAUUUUUGACAGGAUGUUUAUAUGAUGGAAAUGGAAGUUGUGUAGCUAAAAGUGCUGCAUGCACAGCUUAUACAGGUGAUGCAACUACUUGCUUAAACUUUAAAGGAAGUAAUUCAGCUAAUCCAUGUUUCCAAGGUGUUAGUGGCAAGUGCAGAAAUAAAUAAUGUAGUGAUGAUACAACUAGUUCAAGUGAUGGAGAUUGCAAUACAUUUUUACCAGAUUAAUGUGUUACUAAGGGAACUGGAUGUAUUGAUAAGACCUCAUUAUGUACAGCAUUUUAAGGAACAACCGAAAAGUGUUUAACAUUUACUGCAAAAUCAGGAGCAGAUAAAUGCACAAGAUUAGAAGCCUGUGUAUCAAAAGCUACGACAUGUGCCUCAAAAACAGGAAUUGCUGGAAAUGAUGAUUGUUUAUCAUAUCAUGCUGAUUGCAGAUUUAAAUUUGGAGAUACAAUUUGCAUGCAAAGUUAAGCUGCUUGUACAAGUUAUACAUUGACUGGUACUGAUGAUGCUGCUAAGUAGACUUAUUGUAAUUCAAUUACAACAUCAUCAGCUGGUACAUGUAGUUAUAGUACAGGUGUACCAGGUACAUGUUCUGCCAGAGCAUGCAAUCUAUGGGUGAGUACAUUAACUAAUAUUUCAUGUGAAAAUUACAAUGGAACAGCUUCAUGUAAAUUAAAUGGUACUUCUUAUUGUUAUGCUCCUGUUGCUGAUUGUGCUUCUUACACAAUCCCAACUGGUACAACAGAUAAACUGGCAUGGUGUAAUGCAAUGUUCACAAAUGCAGCUACUCCAACAAAGUGUUCAUAUGAUUCAGCCACCGCAACAAUAUGUUCUAAUAUAAAUACUUGUGAAGAGAUCAUUUCUCCUACCAGUGCUGCUGAUUGUAAUAAAAGAUUAGAUGAUGGAGACUGCUAAUUUACAAAUAACAAAUGUAUUACUACUAAAACAGCAUGUACUGGUUAUUCAUUAACUGGAAUUACAUCAGGUUAAGCUGCUUAUUGCUCUGGCUUGAGAUCAGAUGAUAGUUCUGGAGCUGUUAAACAAUGUGCAUAUAUUUCAGGAACUUCUACAACUACUUGUGUUGAUGCAGUCAUUAUUGCUACCACUUAUAUUCCAACUAUUAUUACAUAUACUGAUCCUGCUGCUAUCACAAUUACUGCUUGUGAGAGCAUUUCAUCACCAACAUCAUAAGCAGAUUGUAAUUUAGGAACUGGAAGUUGUAAAUAUUAUUCAGGAGCAUGUUAUGCUAGAGUUGCAUGUGCAAGUUAUACCGUUGUUGGAGCAGAUGCACCUGCUAAGCAAAUAUUUUGUUAGAAUAUGUAUGAUAAUACAGCAAAUACUUACUGCUCUUAUAAUUCAGCAGGUACUGGAGCUUGUGCUGCUGGUAAAACUGCUUGUACUGAAUUUAAUAGUUUAACUGGUGCAGAUGAUGUUGCUAAAUUAUUAGUAUGCUCUAAACUCAGAAUCAAAUCAGGAAGUGCUUGCGGUUAUACUAAUGGAGGAGCCAAUUGUGUAGCUCCAGCUGAUGAUGCUGCAUCAUGUACACUUGUAACAUCUGACAUUAUUGCUGAUGCAGAUUGCGCUUUAAGAACAAUAUUAGGAUGCAAGAAGCAUGCUUCUAAUCCUGCUUGUAUAGCAAGAGGUGCAUGUACUGCUGCUGCACCUACUGGUUCUGGAGAUGCUUAAGUCACAAGCUGCUAAGUCUUUAUUGGUCCUGAUUCUAAAUAUUGUACAUAUACAAGUGGCGCAAAUUGUGCAGUUGCUCAAAGUGCAUGUUCAGGUUAUGGAUCUCUUCCAUCUGGAACUGAAUUAGCUUAUUGUCAAUUAAGAAUUAAUGAGAAAGGAUAAAGAUGUACAUUUACUACCGGAGCAAAUUGCUCAGAUACUUAAGCCACAUGUGCAGGAUACACAGGUCUUACUGGUACUGAUUUACUAACACAGUGUUAAGCUAAAAUUGAUUAAUUUGGAGUGAAAUGCUCAUGGAAUACUGGCACUACUGCAUGUAUUGCUGCUCCUAGCGCAUGUGCUUCUUGGAAUAGUCUACCUACAACAGGAUAAUUAGAUUUCUGCGCAUCCAGAAUUAAAUAAGAUGGAACUAAAUGCACAUGGAGUAGUGGUACUGCAUGUUAAGAUUAGCCAGCAGCUUGUUCUGGAUGGAGUGCUCUUCCAUCAUCAGGAUAAUUAGAUUUUUGUUAAGCCAGAAAAAAUUCAACUGGAAAUAGAUGUUCAUGGAUUGAUGCUGCUACUGCAUGUUCUGAUUCUCAGUCUGCUUGUUCUGGAUAUAGUACUCUACCAGCAACAGGAUAAUUAGCAUUUUGUCAAGCCAGAGUUUAAUAAGAUGGAUCUAAAUGCUCAUGGACUACUGGAGCUACAGUUUGCGGAGCUUUUUUAUGUCAAGAAACAGCAAAUCCUUAAUCAUAAGCUGAUUGCGAUUGGACUGGAUCAGGAUGCACUUAUGAACCUCAACUUUAAAUUUGUUAUAUACUAAAGGCAGCAUGCACAGAUUAUACACCAACAGGUGCUACCGAGGCUGAUAAACUUAACUAUUGUAAUAAUCUUAUCAAUUCUGGUUCUGUUGGAUGCACUUACAUAAAAGGGAAAGCUAGCGUUUCAACAUGUUCAUUAUUAGCUGCUUGCACAGGCUAUGAUGUUUCAGAUAUAACUGCAGCAGCUGAUAAAUUAGCUGCUUGUUAAGGUGCAAUUCCUACUUCUGGUUCAUGUACAUACUUUUCAGGAAAUACUUGUGUAGCUGUUGGAGCAUGCGAUACAUACAUUUCAUAUGGUGGAUCAGAUGUAGUAGGUGAUUGUGCAAAAUAAAAAGAUGUAUCUACUGGAUUAUUAUGUUAUGGAAGUGGAACAGCUUGUGUAGCUGCAAAAUGUGAAAAUGUUACAGGAGCAACAAAUAUUGAAGAUUGUAAGAAAUACUCAACUGGUUGUAUCUACUAUAAUUCAAAAUGUUAUACUUUAUUAGCAAACUGUAGUUACCCUACUACAUCAACGAAUGCAAUUUCAUUUUGUAAUGGUAUAAAAAAUAGUGGUGGUAAUUUCUGCACUGCUGAUGCUGAUACUGAUGCUAGUUGUAAGUAGAGAUAAUGUAAUGAUACUGCAACAAAUAGUUUCUAAACUCAUGAUGAAUGUAAGAAUUAUUCAUCUCUAUGUAAAUCAGAUGGUUAAGGUUGUAUACUUGCAUCAAUAACAUGCGCUAACUAAAGUGGAUAUCUUAGCUUUUGUGAAUGGGCAUUAGACACUAACAAUAAAUCAACUUGUGCCAAAGCACCCGCAGCUACAACUAACGAUGCCUGUGCAAAGUUGACUUGUGAUUUAAAUGUUACUGCAACCACUGAUUCAGAAUGUAUAUCCUUCAAUUCUGAUUGUUUGAACAAAGGUGUAGGAUGUAUUAGUAAAUCAGCAGCUUGUUCCUCUUACUAUGGUACAAAAGUAUCAUGCUAGGCAUUUACAGGAAAUAGUAAGAAAUGCUUUGGAGAUAAUCCUAAUUUGAAAAUAGCUUGCAGAGAUAGAUAAUGUAGCGAUCUGGCUACAGCUACCAGUGAUAGUGACUGUGAUAAUUUCUUAUCAGGAUGUGUAUUCAAUGGAAUUGGAUGUGUAAAGAAAAGUGAUCCAUGUAGUGCAUAUAGAGGAACUUAAGAUACUUGUUCAGGAUUUAAGGGGAGUAGUGGAACCAAGUAUUGUUGGGGAUCCAGUGCUACUGUUGUUAAUCCUUGCGCAGAUAGAAGAUGUUCCGAUAAAACUGGUGGCAUAAGUGAUACAGUUUGUUAGACUUUCUUACCUCCUAUUGCUCCAUCUACUACAUAAUUAUGUAUUACUGAUGGUACAAAUUGUGUUGAUAUUGAAAAGCCUUGUUCAUUCUUUAGAGGAGAUAAUGAUAAAUGCUCUUCAUUCACAGCUAGUGAUGGUCCAUGCAAAGCAAGUGCUGUUUCAGCAUCUCCUGUUGCUUGUACUUCUAGAGUUUGUUAUGAAGCUCCUAAUACAUAUACAACAGACGAUUAAUGUUCAAAAUAUCACCCAACAUGUAAAACAACAGGAAAAGGAUGUAAGAGUUCUGUUGGAUGUGGAGAAUUAACUUCACAAGCUUCAUGUACAGCAAAUACAUCAUGUCAAUGGGCAGGACAAUGCAGAACUUUACCAAGUACAUGUACUGGAUUGACUUAAUAUGGUCAAACUUUUUGUGUGAAUACUCCAUUAUAACCAGUAGCACCAUCAACAACUGGAAAGAGAUGUGCUUGGUAUAUUGGAGCUACCUCCAAUGGUUGCAGAGAUUUCACAUGUGCAGAUUAUGAUGCAUCUAUUACAACUCAUAAGGAUUGUUAAGAUAAAGAUGGAACAUGUACUACAAGUGGUGCUGGUUGUGUAACUUUGGGAAUAUGCUCAUCAUAUAAAUCUAAAUCUGUUUGUGAAGCUGCAAAUACAACUGAAACUUCAAAAAGAUGUGCAUGGAAUUCUACAACAGCAACCUGUAGAUAAAGAGAAUGUGCAGAUGGAGUGCUUACCACUGAUGAUGCAUGCAACACAUGGCUUAAAGGAUGCAAAACUUCAGGAACAGCUUGUGUUGGACCAACCUUUGGAUGUGAUGUGUUUACAGGAAAUCCUAAACUCUGUUUGAAGAAUAGUGUUGGAAACCCAUGUUUAUAUGUUAAUGGAAUUUGCUAUGAUUAUGACAAUUGCACAGAUGUCAGCUCUUCAACAUUCUCAUUUUGCUAAUCAUUCUCUAAAUAAUGUGUACCAACAAAUACAACUUGCAGAGCUAUUACUCUAUGUGAUAAAUAUGAAGAUAUCAACUCAUGCACAAUUAGUGUUGAUAAUACUUUAUGUGGGUGGUUACCUGAAGGUAAAUGCAAAGAAUACACAACAUGCAGUGAUGCAGCUGGUACUGUCUUAUCAGCUUGUACUAGUUGGGGUUCUACUUGUGUUUCAGAUGGAACCAAAUGUGUCGAUAAAGGAACUUGUGCUUCAUAUUUAACAACUUAAGCUUGCGAUAAUACAGGUACCGAUGGACUCUGUUAAUGGACUGGAACUGCUUGUAGAUUGAGAGAAUGCACAGAUAAAGUUGCUACAACUGAUGCUGAAUGUUUGGCUUAUACUGUUAAGAGUGGAAUCUGCACAACUGAUGGAGCUAAAUGUGUUCCUAGAGCUACAUGUUCUUCUUAUUUAACCGAAGCAGCUUGCACUAUUGGAUAAGAUGGAAUUCCAUGUGUAUAUGAUUUACCAGUUGGUGCUACUACAGGAACUAAGUCUUGCAGACCUAAGGAAUGCACAGAUGUCAAAGGAACUACUAAUGAUGCUUGUAUAGGAGUUAUUCCAAAUAAAGCUUGUGUUUCUAAUGGAGUUAAUUGUGUUAAAUAAGAUACUUGUGCUAAUUACAAGAAUAAAUUAUCAUGCAAAGCAGGAGGAUCAGAUGGAAAAUGUGCAUUUACUCCAGCACCAACUACUGCUGAUCCAAAUAAUGGAACAUGUGUAUCAUUCAAAUCUUGUGAUAAUGGUAACAAUGAUUAAGAUGCUUGCAACAGUAAACCAAAGGCAUGCAAAUGGUAAUCUACUACAACUGGAACUACCACAACUACUAAAUGUGCACCAAUGGAUUGCGCUGGAGUUGCUUCUGGUACAGUAUGCAACCCAUUCCAAAGUUUCGAUGGAGCUUCAAGCACUAUUUGUGUUUUGGUCAAUAAUGUAUGUUCAGUUAGUGACCCAUCAACUCUUACAGCAGAAUAAUGCUAUAAAGCAACAACUGUUUAUACAUACACUUGGAAUGAAUCCACAAAUAAAUGUGUUUCAUGCAAAACUCCAACUAAUAAUAACAAUAACUCAACCAAUCCAAACACAACAGACCCAGACACUAAUACUGACGAUAAUGGAUACAUCUUAGGUGUUACAAUUCCAUUGGUUAUUUUGGGAAUGUUCGUUUGA